AUGGGUACGGACUACUACAAGCGCCUUGGUGUCUCGCGCGACGCCAGCGAUGACGAGAUUAAAAAAGCGUACAAGAAGAUGGCUCUCAAAUGGCAUCCAGACAGGAAUGCUGGCUCAGAAGACGCAGCCAAGAAGUUCAAGGAGAUCUCCGAAGCGUUCGAGGUCCUCAGCGACAAGCAAAAACGCACCAUCUAUGACCAGCUUGGCGAGGAGGGUCUGAAAGGUGGCGGGGUACCACCACAAGGAGCCGGCGGCGCUGGUGGCUUCUCAAGCUUCGGCGGCUUCCCUGGUGGCCAAACAUUCAGCUUCACUUCUGGCCCAGGAGGCGCAUUUGGCGGCGGCGGCCGUGGAGGCUUCUCGCCAACGGACCCUAACAAAAUCUUCGAACAGAUCUUUGGCAUGGGUGGUAUGGGUGGUAUGGGUGGCAUGGGUGGCAUGGGCGGCAGCAGAGCGAACUCCAUGUUCGACGAAGAUGACGACAUGUCCGGCAACUACUUCUCUGGCGGCAUGCCCGGCGGUAUGCCUCGCAGCAGGCCAGGGCCCGGCCGCGCCUCCCCCGCUCCCCCAGCCCCUUCCGAAAUCACGAAGCCGCUCAAGGUCUCGCUCGAGGACCUCUACUCGGGCGCGACGAAGCACCUCAAGGUCGGCCGGCGGCUGCUCAACGGCGGGACGGAGGAGAAAGUGCUCGAGAUCCAGAUCCACCCGGGCUGGAAGAGCGGGACCAAGAUCCGCUUCCCGCGGGCGGGGAACGAGCAGCCGAGCGGAGAGUCGCAGGACCUGGUGUUUGUUGUCGAGGAGAAGCCGCACGAGCGCCUUACGCGCGACGGCAACGACCUCCUCACGACGCUGAAGGUCUCCCUCGUCGACGCGCUCACCGGUGACGCGUCGAGGCAGGUCGUCGAACAGCUCGAUGGGCGCAAAAUCCAGGUGACGCCUCCUGUGGGCGUGAUCAAGCCCGGUCAGACGACGACGGUCGCGGGCGAGGGGAUGCCGAUCCGAAAGGCGGGCGCGGUGAAAACGAAGGGGGACUUGAUCGUCAAGUGGGACGUCGUGUUCCCCGACCGACUCACGCCUGCACAGAAGGAGGGCAUCAAGAAGGUUUUGGGUUGA